AUGGCAAGCAAUCACUCUUCGUCUCUCCGCUCUGUCCUUACCCGGUCGAUUUGCACCUCAUCGAGCGAGCGAUCAUCUGAUUUUACGUCCAAAGAUUCGGCUACCAACGAACCAAACACCCGAUUUGUUGACAAAGAAGACGAUCCCCUGAUACCAAGUCUUGAAGACGUAUACCGUACAUUUCAGGAGGGCAAGGUGACAUGGGAAGCGUUCUUAAGCCAAGCGAAGAGGAUCCCCCGAGGUCUCUGGCCAAAAGAUGCGCUCAACCCGUACGUAACUCUGGUAGAUGUGCCGAGUCUACCGGACGAGCUGCCUCGCAACAAUUGGCUUUACGGUCGACCUUGCUGGGAGCUGUCCCAUGGCAUUGGGGACACCGAAUGUCGAAAUACUGAUUCUCGGAGCGAUACAACAAGCCUUAGGCCCGGUCGUCUUGUUUCAUUUCGAUUACAAAUUGGCGAUCCGAUUCGGUGUGAUAUAUGCCCGGACGCAGCAUCAUACGCCUGCGCCAGUCCCGAAACGACCGAUAGCCUCGCUGUAUUGGUUAUGUGCUGGUCAUACAUCCUUUCGGCUCGAUUGCUUGAGAUGCAACGCCGUGGGAUUCGAUAUACAGAGGAUCGAUUGUGGCCUACUGUGCCUCAUGGCCGAAAGGAAACCACAGCCGAUAUCAACCUCAAGAGCGCAUCGCCUACUCUUAUCAGGUGGCUCUGCGCGAUUCUUAGCCCUGCUAUGGGGUGGCAGGCUAGGGAUCAUGGGCAUUUACCACCGUGGGCAACAUCUUUCAAGACAGAUGUAGCACUUAUCAUCGAGGCUUCAGACAUGGCUGCAGAUGUCUGCUCGCCCCCGAGCUCCAUCGAGGCUAUGGAACUUCUUAUUGAACUAUGCCGGUUGUUUGGCUUGGGAAUAGACUCCACCAGACUCACUGACUUUGAGCCUAUGCCGCCCUACAAGGCGUCAUUCUUGGCUGCACUCGCGCUUCCUUUCUAUAACUUUAUGGAGCUUCAACCACAGCUGCCACACCCACGUCUUGCUAAACCACGAAAUAAUAGCACCUUCAACAGUUCCCAUGAACAACAGCUGCGUGGAUAUCUGUGUCAUAUACGUUACUUUAUGACCCUCAGCGCUCAUCCUCCCUCUAUCGGGUCCAUUCUGUGGAGCGUCUUCUGGCAGCCGGACGUCAAUUGCAACCUAGUCGGUCCAUGGCUCGCAUCAGUCUUGGAUACAUUAGAGCUAAUUAUCGCGCAAAACGAGAUCGAGGUUCUGCUCAAGGUCUUUCUUUCACGUCGACCUAGAAUAGGGAUCUGGUGGGUGGCUCUCUUUUUCCUUGGCGACCCAGCUCUCCUAGACUGGAUCAGGCGAUACGCGGUGAAGAUGGAAGAGAAGCGCGGCUUCGGGUCCUUAUCGUCUCCUGAUCCGAUGGUGUCUGCCUGGACCGGGUCCAAGCAGUCAUUCAUCGAUUUCGAUAAUGAUCUCCUUUACCUGGAACCAUCUGAUUCAGUGUCGAGAGCAGAUCUGCUUCGAUGCCGCUUCGAUCUCAAACUUCAGGACUCAGCUACUACAGCUUUGUCCUGGCGGCCCUUUGGUCAUAUAGAGAAGAGCCUGGUUGAACUUGAACUUUGGCCGCAAUUAGAAACCAAAUAUACUCGUAGGUAUAAUGCAUUUGUCUGGUAUCCCCGAAAGAAUUUCUCAAUACUUGACGAAGGCUUUCGAAAGGAUACGGGACAGCACAUAAUAAACGUGCCAGACAACUUAAAAAUGCACACAUCCACCGAAUACUCAGAGAAAAAGUACUGUAUCACCAAUAUGCGGCCAUCCAAGGACUCGACGUCCAAGAUGAUGGGCUUCUUGGUCGAGGGCGUUGGAGGCGGUCGCGAUUGGGCAAAUGCUGGUUUGUCAAUGCAACCUAAGCAGCUCAGGUGGCUACGUGAUUGGGAAGGCCUCGACAGGAUGGAGAAUAAUGCGGUGGAACAGGAACCAUCCCGAACGCCUUCGUGGUUGCUUGAGAAAUGGAUCAAUGGGGAAAUUUAA